CACACGAGACAGGAGCGGAGACGAGGACGACGGGACGGCCAGGAAUGGAAAACCUGGAGGUCUUUCUAUUCACCUUUCUUGUCACUCACUACCUUGGGAACAUCCUAAUAAUCUCUUGGCUCUUCGUUUACGGGACGGCCAUUGAUAACACCAACUAUGGGUUGCCUAAUUGAGGUCGGACCACCCCCCGAUCCCGAUUGCUCCAAGAGACAAGAACAAAUGUAGACAAAAGUCGUUAUGGACGCCACUUGUGCUGCGUCGCGUUUCGAUCCGGCAGAGCUGAGAACCGUCUGCUGUCGUUUUCUAAGCGUCGCGCAUGUUGACGCGUAAAGGACAUGGAGAAAUAACGUUUCAUCCUCUGCGAUAUGCUUUAAGAAGAUACGAGCCAAUUCUGUAGUUAGGAUAGGUGAUAUCGAUGCUUGAUAUAAGUGCAUGAUAGAUGAUACUGAAUCUACACGUCAGAAUGCAUAAAAAGCUUUGAUGUGAGCCGGUUGGAUAGCUUUUACGCGUAUAGAAAUAGCGCGCUGCAGCUUAGACGUUGUUUCCAGUCAGUGUCACUGCAUCAGGACCUGCGCUCUCAAUCUGCAAGCUGACUUAUAGGCCUCAUUCUGAGAAAUGCUGUUCUGCUUCAUAUUGUUGUAAGACGUGAUAUUCGAACUAAAAUAAACCUAACAACAACCAAGCUGCUUGCGUCUAACUCCACCAGCUUGUCAGGACUCAGCCAUGGCAUUACCAGAUAGUGGCAUAGCUGGGGAAGAAGUAACCUUCCCAGAGAUAAUAGAGCUCAAUGUUGGCGGUCAGGUGUACAUUACCCGCUAUUCCACCCUCACAAGUGUGCCGGACUCCCUGCUAUGGGAGAUGUUCAGUCGAAAGUCCACAAAAGGACUGGCCAGGGACACCAAAGGACGAUUCUUUGUGGACCGUGAUGGCUUCCUGUUUCGUUACAUCCUGGACUACAUGCGUGACCAGCACCUGGUUCUUCCAGAUCACUUCCCCGAACGUGGCCGCCUGCAACGGGAGGCUGAAUUCUUCAACCUGCCUGAGCUUGUGAAACUACUGGCGCCCAAAAUCAGCAAGCAGAACUCUCUGGGUGAUGAGGGGUGCCAGAGUGAUCCAGAGGACUCCUCACCCGGCACUGACACAGCCCGAAACCUCAGCUCACUUGGCACCACUGCUGCUGCCUGUGCCAGUCUGGUGCCCGGUGCCGUGGAUGGCAAGCGGUCUGGGUUUAUCACAAUUGGCUACCGAGGCUCAUAUACCUUGGGCCGUGACAGCCAGACCGAUGCCAAAUUCAGGCGAGUGGCACGCAUCAUGGUGUGUGGAAAGACCUCCUUGGCCAAAGAGGUGUUUGGCGAAACACUGAAUGAGAGCCGCGACCCAGACCGCCCACCUGAACGCUACACAUCCCGCUACUAUCUCAAGUUCACCUUCCUUGAGCAGGCAUUUGACAAGCUGGCCGAUGCAGGCUUUCACAUGGUGGCCUGCAACUCUACAGGAACCUGCGCCUUCGCCCAUGAGCAGACAGAUGACAAGAUCUGGACCAGCUACACUGAAUAUGUGUUCUACCGUGAGUGAGACCAUCAGCUUUGUUCUCCUGGUCCCUUCCUGCCUCCAAGUGCUCCCCCCAGCCUCCAGCUGUCCUCUCUCUUUCUCUCUCCAAUGACUCCUGUUCCAGUAGAUGUACCAUAGAUGCUCCAUCCCUCCAUCUCUCUCUCCAGCCCUUAUCCUAUAUGAACAAUUCCCACCAGCUGCUCUGACUUUCCUUACUCUGCAGUUUGAACCUGCAGCUCCCCACUUUCCCCCAGAUCCAUGUACCUAUCCUCAGGUCCAGCACCCCUCAGCCAACCUAAGCCCCACUUUCCAUCUAGUUGUAGACCAUGGCCUGGACCCAACUCUAGCCCUGGCCCUACACCUAAUGCCAGGGUCCCUGACCAUAGUGUUGCAACAUCAUUUCGUACAGAGACUGAUUACUUUAAUGUACGAACUCUUCUUUGUAUGUAUUGCAUCUGCCUUGGUGAAGCACAGUGCUGUAUCUAAGAGCACAUCUUGUCAAAUUGAGCCCCCGUGAGUCUCUUUGACUUUAGAGGCAGUCACAAGCGCCUAAUGGAAAGGGCUUCAAACAGCGCCUAUGACGUGCAGUACUGUUCUUUGCCUCUGCUUACUCCAGCAGAUCAGACGCUCUCUUGCUCCUCUGAACUAAAUUACCAAAUAAUUGGACAUCUUAUCAGCCUUGAGGGAUGUGAGCAGCUCAGCACAAGAGUGAAGUGUUACAUGAAAAUCUAAUUUCCUCCAGUUUUUAUGAAAUGUGUGCAGUGCCAUGUGGUUGGGAACGAGCCAUAGUUUUACUGUUCAGUGAUUAAUGUUGUCUUGAACAAUCGUUUUCAUAAGGCUUUUGCUCAUAAAACCACAUGGAUGAAAAAGCACAUUCAAGUAUUUCUUUUGAUUUUUGUUUUUUUUUCCCCCAUGGAAGGAAAAGACUGUACUAGGGACUGCCUUUUACUCUACUGUGUUGUUGUAAGACAAUCCAGACAUAGGUGGAAGGAACUUCCUGUUCAGAAAUAUAUGUUGGCCUAUGCUAACAAACAGCUGGCUUUAAGAGGAGCAAAGCAUGCUCAAACAUCAAGUGGUCUAGUUGACUCAAAUAAUGAAAAAAAUAAAUAGUUGCAAGAGAUAUUGAUUGUGCAGUGGAGCAUAAAGUAUUGUAAUCGCCCACACUGAUAGGGCAGAGGAGAUGUAAGGCGUUAGACAAUUCAUGGCACGUUGCUCUCCUCUUCUCUACGUUUCCUUUUGUAAUUGCACGCAUUUGAAAUUUUUAACUGUGGAGCUUUUUUUUUUUUUUUUGCAAAAGCCUACGGCAUGUCUCUGCGGCUCAUGCCCUUUCAAAAACCUGUGGUUGCGAUGUUGGGGUAUCAUCUUCCUCAUUGCCGGGUGUUUUAUAAACAAUGAUGCUAUUCAUGACACGCAGUUCAGUGUUAAAGUUCAAGCUGUUGCAUAAUUGAUGCAUACUGUAAGCGAAUACCCAUGAGAAAGGGUAGAAUUACACUGCAGCCAGCCAAAACGCAAUGUUUUCUCACAGAUGUAGCAAGUAUGUUAAGAAGAAGGUUUGUGGUGGCAGAGUAUAACACCAUAUAUAAAGCACAUAUGCGGUUAAGUAGAGAAUUGGGGUGUAGGGUUUUUUUUUCAGGUGUAGCCUCAGGACAGGUAUGCACAUCAUAUACCUCAAACUGAAACUCACAAUCAUCUGAAAGCACUGAAGUCCAACAGGUGGCAUUGCAUCCAACUGAUGUAUGAAGGAAAAAAAACAAAAACGCACAGCUACGGAAAAUUCACAAAUCUCUAGAUUCUGCAAAAUUUUAAGGAAACAGAAUAUAGAUUUGAUAUAAAGUUGACUUUUAAUCAUGAGUUUUCCAGUGAGGCUAUACAGUUAAGGAUUUCAUUUGAGCUAAGGUGUCAGGUCAUAGCUUUUGGGAGACCAUCUGACAGCGAAGAUAAAUGUGCUUUUUAAUAUCUAGAGUCGGGCUGCAUACAGUUCCAGCGUGAUGGAGCAUUGUUGACAUUUGCGUCAAUGCAAUAGGCCUACUGUAGUGUCUUGCUUGCUGCAGACAUAGGUUGAAAUUAGGACGUGUUCAAUAAAAAGUAAAGUUGAUUUGUCAAAUGAAAGGUGUCUUCUUCCUUCCAUGUUUGUAUUUUAUAUUCAUGCAACCUGUCUGUCAAU